AUGCCUGUUGAAAUAGGAAAAUCAUGGGCUGACGACGUCGAGGAGCUCGAGGACCAAGGAAUCGAAGAAACUGUCGACGAUGAGGGCGUUCGAACAGUCACUCAGAUCACUACAAAUGAAGAUGGCAAAAAAGUCAAGAUUGUGCGAAAAUUCCGUCGUGUGGAAAAGCGUACCCUUGUAAACCAUCAGGUCGCCGAACGCAAGACAUGGGCGAAAUUUGGCGCAGAGAAAAACUCAAAACCUGGUCCUAACAAAGCUACAACCACCGUCGGUGAAAAUGUCACUUUGAAGAUUCACCCGGGCUCCAAAGCAGCCGAAACCGAGCAACAGGAACAAGUCAAGAACCCACUUGCUGGUAAAAAGGUCAAAUAUGUCAACCCCGACGACGUCCCCCCAGCAGGCGCUGCCGCCGCCCAACCCGGUGCAAAAUAUGUACCACCUCAUCGAACGGGUGGUGGAGAGUCAAUGACACGAACCCGCGACGACCUUCCCACUCUUCGUGUCACCAACGUAUCUGAAGAUGCGACCGACGAUGACCUCAGAGAUUUGUUCUCGCGAUUCGGCCGAGUUCACAGAGUUUACAUUGGUCGUGACCGAGAAACGGGUCAAGGAAAGGGAUACGCAUUCGUCAGCUUUGAGGAUAGGGCGGUCGCGGAACGAGCAAUGCAAAAAGUUCAUGGAAUGGGCUAUGACAACCUCAUCCUCAAUUGCCAGUGGUCUCAACCAAGGGAAGCUCGUCCAGCCCCUGCGUAA